GACACCAAACCAAACCUGGACCUACACCAAACCCUUCCCAAAUACCUGAAGACUCUUGCGUCAGUGUUCGUUGGUGUUUGCUAAUAUUUCAAGCAUCGCGGUGGUGGGGGGCGAGAGGGAUUAGUCCCUGGUAAUCUUCAGCGGUGGCUUCUGGUUCGUCAGUUCUUGGGUGGUGUGACUCCCUGGUGUACCGUAAUGUGUUGAGGUGUCACAAAAUAUUCAUCACUGAGUUAUGUCACGCCUUGGCGUGCUAGUCACCUCAAGAACACUCUCCACGAUUUAAUUUCCUGUUCUUAUUCAGUCCUCGGGGGGUUUAUUGGAGACAAUUUGCCUCUUUCCUGGGGCUGGGGGCGUCAAUCUCGUGCUCGUGGUGUCAGUGCAAGAAUGGAGAACAACGGAAUACCGUCUAAUGUGUCUAGGCAACAUCUCGUGGUUAAUGAUGAACCGGCGGACAAUAUCAGUGGGGACGACAAGGGGGUGGAGGUCAUGGAGGACAGGAGGGUAUCCAGGAAGGAGUGGGUCACUGUCGUCGUACUGUGCUUUGUUAAUUUGAUUAAUUAUAUGGACAGGACCACCAUUCCUGGUAUAUUAUCGGACAUACAAACAGAAUUUCACUUAGGUAACGAUCAGUCUGGCCUCCUGCAGACAGCGUUUAUCAUCAGUUACAUGAUAUUCGCCCCCUUGUUCGGAUACUUGGGGGACAGAUACAAUAGAAAAAUCAUCAUGAGCGCUGGUGUAUUCCUGUGGUGUCUGACAACCCUAAUUGGAUCUUAUAUGAAGACCUACGAAUGGUUCCUGAUCUUUCGGAUGUGCGUGGGAAUUGGUGAGGCGAGUUAUUCGACGAUCGCCCCCACGAUAAUCAGCGAUUUAUUCGUAAAAGACACACGAUCGAAGAUGUUGGCACUUUUUUACUUCGCAAUCCCCGUGGGGAGUGGCCUCGGUUACAUAAUUGGGGGUCAAGUGGCUGUUGCCACUGGCCAGUGGCAGUGGGGCCUCAGGAUCACCCCAGCCCUUGGUCUCAUCGCCAUCGCCCUUAUCCUCCUCUUCGUGAGGGAUCCAGUGAGAGGGGAGAGGGAGGGAGGCUCGCACAUUGCAAGCACCACUUGGGGAAACGACAUUCGUGCCCUCAUUAAAAAUCCAAGUUUCAUGCUCUCAACAGCUGGAUUCACCUGCGUGGCAUUUGUCGCCGGAGCUCUGGCCCUCUGGGCCCCCAAGUUUCUCGAGCUGGGGCUCAAGUUGCAGAAGGAGAAGACACUGGUUGUCGAUGAUAUUUCUUUUGUGUUCGGGGGCAUCGCGAUGCUGGCGGGUCUCAUCGGGGUCCCCGUGGGGUCCAUCAUGGCCCAGAGGAUGAGGAUCAGGUGGCACCAGGCUGAUCCCCUCAUCUGUGGCAUUGGACUCCUCGUCAGUGCCCCCAUGAUUUUCUUCGCCAUCGUAACUUCCAGUGGAAAUUCCAUCGUUUGUUUCGUGUUGAUUUUCUUGGGGCAGCUGGCGUUGAAUCUCAACUGGUCGAUUGUUGCUGAUAUGCUGCUGUAUGUCGUCAUUCCCACGCGAAGAUCUACUGCCGAGGCAUUUCAGAUCCUAGUGGCACAUGCUCUGGGUGACGCUGGGAGUCCCUAUCUCAUAGGAGUGAUGUCUGAAGGGCUGAGGCCCUAUCUCCUUGCCCCAGGAGAGCCAACGAACGAUUACGUAGAUUUCAAAUGCCUUCAGUAUUCGUUAUUUCUGACGAUUUUCGUCGAGGUACUUGGUGCUCUCUUUUUCUUCCUCACGGCGCUUCACAUAGAGAAGGAUAAGGCAUUGGUGGACCUCACGAUCGCUGCAAAUCAAAAAUGUCUAGAAACUAAGAAAAUUGGGGAGGCUGAGUCAACGCGUUUAUAGAAAAAAUAAUGUCAAGAGUGGGGGCCUCACAACAAUAGUAUUGUCUGAUGCUGUAUUUAUGGUAUUUUUUUCAUUUACAAUUAAUUUAUUUUCCUCAGUUUCACCUUCCCCAUUAUUCAUUUAGAAAAAUUUGGUUUUUUAGUUUUUAGGAGAUUCUGGUGAUUACUCUAAACGAUUUUUCGGGGAUGUCUGGGGGACGACGAUGGGGUAGUGGGGUGGCAAAUAGUCUUGUUGGAUAGCUGGGGAAAUUUCCGCUGGAAAAGUCAGCAUGACGACUCUUUUAUCUCAUCAAGUUUUCGAGAUAACGAGGAAAAACGUUUUUCACAUUGGAAACUCGGUUUUUGUUGUAUCUCCUCAGGUAAUGCCGUUGAAUGUGUCACCGUGCUGAGUUUUCCAGCGGCAAUUUCCCUGGAUUUCUAAUGAGACUAUUUUCAAUUUUCUAGCUCUUCAGGCUCUCGAGAUAUCCACGAAUAAUCAAGUUUUAAUGAAAUUUUCUGGUGAAUUUCAUCGUUAACUCGAGUUUUUUUUGCAUGAUUAAAUUUUUAUUGACACUGGAAUCUUCGAAAUAAUCAUUGACUCAUCAUUAUUUAUCUCUGCCAAGUGUCACACCCCCUUAGCUUUGCACACACGCUUCUAAUUACGCUGAUUAAAUCACUGAAUAGUUGAGAAUAUUUUAUUAACCCUUGAAUUACGAUUUAGAAUUGGAUUUUUUAGAAUUGCUUGAAUUAGUUUCUAGUAUCUGCAUGAGAGAAAUUAUUUGAAAAUGCUUUGAAUCAUCUAGGAAUGAGUAAAUUCAUUAAAACAAUUAUUUAAUUAAUUAUAAUGAAUUUCUUUCUGUUUUAGUUGUUGAAAUUUGUUUUUGUGCUCCAGAGGAAAUCAAGGACUCAAAAUCUUCUGUUUCUUUUAUAGAAUUAUCAUUUUUUACGGGAUCAUCAAUUAAUUUAUUAAUUUGAUUGAUUAGAAAUUAAACAUUCAUUAUCAUUUUUUAAAUCAAAGCUCGAUUGAUUGAUCAAAUUAAUCAAUUAAUUAAUAUUAUAAAUUGGUUGUGGACCUUUGCAGAGGAAUGAGUGAUACAUUUAAUGAAAAACUGAUUAAUUAAUCAAAUGUUUAAUUUAUCAAAUUGUUUCAGACACAACUGCAGUUGACACUUCUCUCAUCAGACCCGAGGACGCUAACAGAUAGCUAUAAUGACGCACUCCAGUGCAGCAAGCAAUUAACAACAGACUGAUGAAUUAAUUUUUUAAUGCGUCUCCACUUUUUUUCCAAUUUUUUCGUCUUGAAUUUUGCGUUUUUUCGUACUUUUUAGCUGAAAGUUUAGGGAAAUCAUAACUUAGAAUUAAGUCGAUUAACGUUUUUUGCGAUAUCUCGAGAACCGGAAGUGGUGGACAAUCGAGGAUAGACUCGUUGGAAAGCCAGGAAAAUUUCCGGUUCCAACUUCUGGUCAUGAACCCAUUUUACCCCACUCGCUCGGUGAAUAUUUCAAAAACUAAAAUGUAAGAGUGUAAUCGUUUUUUGGAGAUUACGGAGAAACCCCUGGGGCAAAACGGGUUCAUGACCGGUGGAUGGAAUCGAAAAUUUUCCGGGCCAUCGAUUGAGUCCAGACUCAUCUCUGCAGCACUUCCGGUUCUUGAGAUAUCGUCGAAAGAAAUAAUUUUUUUGAAAAUCAAAAUUUUUUAUUAAUAGAACUUUGUUUACUAUUUAAAAAAUAGUUUUCCGAUUAAGAAAUGGUUAUUCUAAUAAACACCCGUGCUAGGCUGUGCAAUGGUAUCCAUUUAAAGUAAUUAAUUAUCAUUAUCAGUCGAAUAUAAUUGUUAAAAAUUGCUCAAUCGUUUGAACUUAUUUCAGAUGUUUUUAACAAAAAAAAAGCAAAAUUGAAAGAAAAAAGAAAUUGUAGGGUAUUGCUACUAUUCAAAUUAUAUUUUUUAUAAUGAUGCUAAUUAAUUGUUAUCCAAACUGCAUAAUAAUAAUUAUAGAAACUUUUUUGUACAUUUUUUCCGCCAAUUUUUUCCAAUUUUUUUCUUCGCUUUUUAGGGGAAAAAUUGGAAGACAAUUUUUGAGGGUCUUUCUUUUGGAAAUAAAUAAGUAAUGGUUA